AUGCAACGUGAGGUCAAUCGUGGCGACCAUGGCGACCGGUGGACGCGAAACGCAUCAUCCCGAUCACCCUUUGCUAAUCUGCACCGUCCACCGAACGGUCUACAGACCGCUGAACCUGAAGCUAUGAAAGAUCUAGGUUUCUCGGUCGGUAGCCAGACAGGUGCUUAUAUCCGUCACCCAGUUGGGCCGUCGCAUGGGCAGUGGCCGUCUCGUGUCCAGUGUCCCCUGCAGCAUCGUCGUUGGUCAACUGCAUUCGGCGACGGCGGAAACGGAAUCGUCGCAGCUGCCGUGAAGCGUCGCGUCGCUGUCGCUUUCAUUGCGCGACAUUACGCAGUUCCGUUCAGGCUGGCAGGCCGGGCGUCGUUCGAACGGGCCCGGGCGGCGCAAGGAACUGAGGGAGAGAGUGAUCAGCGCAACCUCGACCAUAUCUUGUUUAUGGAAGUGUUGGCGGCGCCGGCCGCUGCCGUGCCGCUGACGCUGCCGCGUGCGGAUGUUUUUGUACGCCUGAUCUACGACUUGGCAUGCGAUUAA